UUUCCCAGAUAUAACUCCAUGUUUCUCACUGGGGAGCUCUGAAAGGAAAGCAGCACGCAUAUUGCAGCUUCUGCUCCCAUCUUGCACACAUGGAAUAAUCCUCAGUCCCGCGAGCAGGACUGACAGCCGGCACAGAGUCCAGGCAUCAUCUGGACUCAGAUGUUAAGUUUUGAUUUCUCGGAUUUUCUUUAUCUGUAAGAAACUCGUUUGCUACAGUUUGAGAACUAGCUUUGGCCACAGACGGUUUGGAUUGGGACUCCUGAGGGCUCUUCUCCGUCUGGAGCUAACGUUUGAAUUCACAAUGACUUUAGCAGCUAAAUUAGAGGAUAUUGAAGUGACGCUGGAGCACCUACUAAUGGAUGUGUUCAUGACGGAGGGCCGCAGAUGCCAAGUGCACCUCCUUGACGAUAGGAAGCUGGAGCUCCUCGUUCAGCCAAAGCUUUUGGCCAAGGAGUUGCUUGACUUGGUGGCAUCUCAUUUCAACCUGAAGGAGAAGGAGUACUUUGGAAUUGCAUUCACAGAUGAAACGGGACACUUGAACUGGCUUCAGCUGGACCGCCGGGUGCUGGAACAUGACUUCCCCAAAAAGUCAGGACCGGUUGUUUUGUACUUUUGUGUCAGGUUCUACAUUGAAAGCAUCUCCUAUCUGAAGGACAAUGCCACCAUUGAGCUGUUUUUCUUGAAUGCCAAGUCCUGCAUCUACAAGGAACUUAUUGAGGUUGACAGUGAAGUGGUGUUUGAACUGGCUGCAUACAUCUUGCAGGAGGCAAAGGGAGAUUUUUCAAGCAAUGAAGUUGUAAGGAAUGAAUUAAAGAAGCUGCCAGCCCUUCCAACACCAGCGCUGAAGGAGCAUCCUUCCCUCGCUUACUGUGAGGAUCGAGUCAUUGAACAUUACAAGAAACUAAAUGGUCAGACAAGAGGUCAAGCAAUUGUGAAUUACAUGAGCAUUGUAGAAUCCCUCCCAACAUAUGGAGUGCAUUAUUACGCAGUAAAGGACAAGCAGGGAAUUCCUUGGUGGUUAGGACUUAGCUACAAGGGGAUUUUUCAAUAUGACUACCAUGACAAAGUGAAACCAAGAAAGAUCUUCCAAUGGAGGCAGCUGGAGAACCUCUAUUUCCGCGAGAAGAAGUUCUCCGUGGAGGUGCACGACCCGCGCAGGGCAUCUGUGACCAGGAGGACUUUUGGGCAUAGUGGCAUUGCUGUGCAUACGUGGUACGCCUGUCCAGCACUAAUAAAGUCUAUCUGGGCUAUGGCCAUCAGUCAACAUCAGUUCUACCUGGACAGAAAGCAAAGCAAGUCCAAGAUUCAUGCUGCAAGAAGCCUGAGUGAGAUCGCAAUUGACCUGACCGAAACAGGAACGCUCAAGACCUCAAAGCUGGCCAACAUGGGGAGUAAAGGCAAAAUUAUCAGCGGCAGCAGCGGGAGUCUUCUGUCAUCAGGUUCCCAAGAGUCAGAUAGUUCUCAGUCUGCCAAGAAAGACAUGCUGGCUGCACUGAAAUCCAGGCAAGAAGCUUUGGAGGAGACACUGCGCCAACGCUUGGAAGAGCUAAAGAAACUGUGUCUCCGAGAAGCGGAGCUCACAGGAAAGCUGCCACGAGAAUACCCCCUAGAUCCUGGGGAGGAGCCACCUAUUGUAAGGAGAAGAAUAGGAACUGCGUUUAAACUGGAUGAGCAGAAAAUCCUGCCGAAGGGAGAGGAGGCAGAGCUGGAGCGCCUGGAGAGGGAGUUUGCCAUUCAGUCCCAGAUCACGGAGGCUGCCCGGCGCCUGGCGAGCGACCCGAACGUCAGCAAAAAGCUGAAGAAACAGAGGAAGACAUCCUACCUGAACGCACUGAAGAAACUGCAGGAGAUUGAAAAUGCCAUCAAUGAGUAUCGCAUCAAAUCUGGAAAGAAGCCAACCCAGAGAGCCUCCCUGAUCAUAGAUGAAGGAAACAUCGCCAGUGAAGACAGCUCCCUCUCAGAUGCCCUUGUUCUUGAGGAUGAGGAUUCUCAGGUCACCAGCACAAUAUCCCCUCUCCAGUCCCCACACAAAGGACUCCCUCCCCGGCCACCCUUGCACAACAGGCCUCCUCCUCCGCAGUCGCUGGAAGGCCUCCGCCAAAUGCAUUACCACCGCAACGACUAUGACAAGUCCCCCAUCAAACCCAAGAUGUGGAGCGAGUCAUCCUUGGAUGAACCCUAUGAGAAGGUUAAGAAACGCUCCUCACACAGUCACUCCAGCAAUCACAAGCGGUUCCCCAGCACCGGGAGCUGUGCUGAGGCAGGAGGGAGUAGCUCACUGCAGAACAGCCCCAUCCGGAGCCUUCCCCACUGGAACUCGCAGUCCAGCAUGCCAUCAACACCAGAUCUACGGGUACGCAGUCCGCACUAUGUCCACUCCACACGGUCAGUAGACAUCAGCCCGACCAGACUGCACAGCUUAGCUCAGCACUUUAGACACCGGAGCUCCAGUUUGGAGUCGCAAGGCAAGCUCCUUGGCUCAGAAAAUGAGACAGGGAGCCCCGAUUUCUACACUCCAAGGACUCGUAGCAGUAACGGCUCUGACCCCAUGGACGACUGCUCUUCCUGCACCAGCCAUUCUAGCUCUGAGCACUACUACCCUGCUCAGAUGAACCCCAACUACUCCACCCUGGCAGAGGACUCCCCAUCGAAAGCCAGAGAGCGGCAGAGGCAAAGGCACAAAUCAGCGGGCAACCUGGUCUCUUCCAAUUCGGGGAGCAUGCCCAACCUGGCUGCGAGGAACGGGACAGGGCACCACCGCGUCUACCUGCACAGCCAGAGCCAACCCUCCUCCCAGUACAGGAUCAAAGAGUAUCCCCUGUACAUCGAGGGCAGUUCCACACCCGUGGUGGUGCGGAGCCUGGAGAACGACCAGGAGGGACACUACAGCGUGAAAGCACAAUUCAAAACCUCCAACUCCUACACAGCGGGGGGGAUGUUUAAGGAGAACUGGCAUGGGGAUGAAGUGGACUCCGUCAGGCUCACCCCGUCCCGCUCCCAAAUCAUAAGGACUCCAUCUCUGGGCAGGGAGGGCCAUGAGAAAGGCUCGGGUAGGACUGCCGUGUCAGACGAGCUGCGGCUCUGGUAUCAGCGGUCCACGGCCUCCCACAAGGAGCACAGCCGCCUCUCGCACACGAGCUCCACUUCCUCGGACAGCAGCUCCCAGUACAGCACAUCUUCGCAAAGCACCUUUGUGGCGCACAGCCGGGUCACAAGAAUGCCUCAGAUGUGUAAAGCAACGUCAGCUGCCUUACCUCACAGCCAGAGGAGUUCAACGCCGUCAAGUGAACUAGCAGCCACGCCGCCGGGCAGUCCCCACCACAUUCUCGCAUGGCAGACUGGGAGCUACAAUGAUAGCUGUUUCCUGGAUUCUCCCCUCUAUCCGGAAUUAGCAGAUGUCCAGUGGUAUGGGCAGGAAAAAGCCAAGCCUGGGACUCUAGUGUGAACCCCUGACCUCAAGUUAAUCACAUCAAUGCCAUUCUGAGAUCACCUCACUGCCUCUCAUUUGCCUUACCCAGAUGCACUGUCACCCAGCACCAGCUUCAACUUUAAGCACUUUUCUCACGAUGCAAUUCAAGAUGACAUUUACAGAACACUGGCCCUGAGACAUCCACCAUGACAGCAACAGAGCGCAGUGUGUCCCAUUGCCAGACCGGUGCACAGCCCCCCACGGUGGGUGCAGAUGAGCAGCCAUCUCAAUAGCCAGUCGGCAAGUUAAAAAUCAAUUUUCCUUUGAAAUUAUGGAAGCCUUUCAAGGUUUACAUCAAAUCUUACUGUUCUGUGGCACGUAAUAGCAGUAAGGUUUCCAUGACCUGUGAUCAGAAGCCAACAGAGCGUUAGUUUAAAGGGGGGGAGGGCGGAAAAAAAUGGGACAGAGGCUGAGAAAUGGAUAUCAUAGUCCUGGAAGUGCAUCUGUUAUGAAAUAGCAAAAUCCCGUCACUUCAAAGAUGCAUCAGAGUCUCGCAAUCAGAUCUGCACUGCCAAAGAUUGCCACACCAACGUCAGCAGGGUAAGUUUGCUCAGCAAGUUCUUGCGACAAGAACACCUCUCUCAUUUAACUCAAUGGCAGACAAGACCACCUCCUUAAAACGGCAUUUCCUUUGCUUUGAGCCCACCUGCGUGCAAGUAAAAUUACUCAAUGUGCUGAAGACACACUGGAGGUCUGGGCUGGUAUCACAGCAUCGCUGUCUACAAGCUACUAUUAAACUGGACAAACGAGGUUUACAAAGGCAUUAUCUAAAGCAGAGGCAAGUACUGCUACUCACAGCAUCUCUGUGCCUGGCAAUACAUAGAGAGGUUGGGGUCCUGCUGGUUUGGUUUUUAAUACUCUGAUGAAGAUAAAAAUUGCCAAAAAAAAAAACCCCUUUCUACAAACAGACACAGCCAAUAAAUUCUAAUCGAUUUCUGCACAAAGCGUUAACAUGAAAUCAAAGGGAAAGCACAUCACAAUCUAAUUGACACGGUAAAGCUGCAUUAACAUAUCUGUUCCGCUCAUCUUCCCUUCAUUAGCACCAGUGUAGCAAAGGGCUCGUCACCCAGCGUACCGUACCGCUGCGUGGGAGAACCGGUCUGUCAGGAAAGGGAAAGGCUCCGCAGCGGGGUCCAACAACCAGCAGACCAGGCGAAUCUUCCCAUUGCGAGAAGCGACCACAAGAAAAGAGAAACAACGAAAUUAGGUGUUGGAAACAAGUGAGAGCUGCCUGCUGAUACCAAAAGGAAUCGUGCGAGAGCGUCAUGGAAGGAGCUGCAAGUUUACACAUACUUUUGAGCAAUGCUUUAUACAUGUCAAGCCAUGGAACUUUAAAAGGCCUCAAAGACACUUUUGUAACGAACAAGUGCACAAUCUAGGUGGAUGUUGAAGCUGGCACGUCUAGUCUUCAUUGCGGUGCUAUGCUGUUUUUAUUGCCACUAGAUGGGGGGAGGCACCCGGCCUUCCCCCGUUUGUGCGUGCAAACGAUGAUUUCCUAUGGGAAAGGCAUUAAAAGAAACGGCUGGAGGGGGGUUUCUUUGUGAAAAGCAGAAACUGAAGUUAGCUUUAGUUUAAGAAAAAAGGGGGGAAAAAAAAGUGCGAGUGUGUGUGCGUGUGUGUGUUCCAAGAAUAACAAUAGCGUCUACCAGACAAAGUAGGGCGAAACGUUGAAAAUUAAACACCGCGACUUGGGGGGCUGCCACACCUUUUGGUAUUAAGAUUGCUGGAAAACUGCAUUCCAGGCUUUAAAAGAGAAUGGGCUUUUCGAAAUUAGGCUUGGAAAGAUGAUAGGGGGGGUGUUCUAAAAAUUAAUGCGAGCGGCUCAUGUGAAUACCUUUCUGCAACACACGUGAGAAGUGUUUGCUUCAGUUCUCUGCGCUUGCUGCCAUCUCACAUCGCUGGGCAGGCAGGGGAGGUGGCCUCGCAGAGACGGGGCAGCGGUGGGCAGCAGAGGCUGUCGUUUGUCCAGGGAAAUCCACGCCAGAGCCGGGAAGGAAACUCUUUCAUGCUCACACAGGAAGUCUAAAUGAAUUAUCCCUCUGGAAAAAAAAAAUAAAUAAAAAAGAGCAUACUUUUUUUUAUACUAGCAAGGGGUUUUUAAGGGUAGCCGUGCAAGCCUCGUGCUUCUGGACCUCCACGAAGAAUCGCCGCAGGAGUACAACCCCCUUUGACAGUAACUGAAGCCUCGUAACCCAUCUCUGGGAAGAGCAGACAGCGGUGAGACAGCACCUGUUAUCUGGAUGUGCAAAAUGCUGGUUUCACCAUCUCUUUGUGCUUUGGGGUCUAACAUGGAAUUAUUUCAAGCUCCUAAUUGGAUUUUUAGCUGGAUAAGAGAUAGCACCAAUUAGUGACAUUUACCGAUAAGAUUCGGUAGCUAAAGCGAAAGGAUUAAAUAAGGACCAAAUUAAGCAGCAGCAAGUAAUUUAGCCCACGGAUUUUUAGGGGCUCUGAGCAACUGUCUGUUUUCUUUUUAAUUUCCCUGGUAAGUGGUUCUGGGUUGUUUCGGGGUUUUUUUUCUGUGUACCUUCUUUUAAUUAAAAAGAAUUCAACAACAGCGGCACUAUGAGGCCUCUGGGCACUACAGGAAGAAACAGUAAUUCCUCCAAGACCAGAUCUGCAGUUUUGCAGCAAAGGUUAAAAGGUGGCAGCCCUGAAAUUAGGAAAAAGAAAUAAAUAAAUGGUUAGCCUGAAUUGCAAACAGGCUGGAGUAGAGAAAAAGCUUUCUAGAAACGGAUUGAGUUUUGCUUUGUGUUCUGCUUUUCUGUUUUGCAAUCAAGGCACACGUGAGCAGCCAGUCUGGUAGUAAAGACAGAUUAAGUAAAACAGGUUUUACUGUUUAGCUCAAUUCAAUUAAACACAAAUGUACAUAAAAUGUUAAUCAUAUGGGAUUAACAUAUUUAAGUAUAACACGGAGGGGUAUAUACAUAGCUAUUAUAUACAAGCACUUGACUACCAACUUAACCCCUCCUUUACUUUUUUAUUUUUCAAGGCUCCAUCUGACAUAAAGCCACAAUCGCGUUCUUAGUCCUCACGUCUGACGCUCCCUCUGUUCAGCCAGGAGCCGGGUGGACGGUCUGCGCACCGGGCCGCACUGGGAGGCAGGGUUUAUUUUUAAAUGAUAUUAUAUGCAGUCGAGUGUUGAAAAUGUUGAAACAGUCCAAUUUGUUUUCACUCUGUAUUAGUUUUAGUUUCAGGCAUAGCCGAUCUCCAUUCAGGUGCUAUCAGAUGACCAGUUACUGCUUAGUUAACUAGAUGUAAAGUUUUACAUAUAUAUUAAUGUCAAUAGUUUUAUUACAAGUUGUGUAAAAUGGACUCUCUAGUUUAAAAAAAGAUUAAAAAAAAAAAGAAAAAAAUUAGGUCUCUCCUGAAAUUGACUUUAGAGCAUGGAAAAUGAUUUUACUGGAUUCUGUUCAACUGUAAUCAAGGAAAAAUAUGUAUGUUGUAGAAAAAGUUGCAGAAUUAAAAAAGAUCUGCUUUUAAUUUAUUCUUUUUGUAUUAAGAAUUUGUAUAGUUACCUUUACAUUUUGCAAAACGGUGUUGUCAACACUUCCUUAUUAAAGCAUUUUCAAA